AUGUUGUCCAACACCCACAACGGCCAAAAGUUUGGGCCGGAGGAACUGAAGCUGACAUGUGAUAUUGCGGAUAUAAUGGACGAAUUGAAAAUGAUUCGAACCCUCCUUGAUACGCAAAAAGAGGUGUUAGGUUCAAUGCGGGAUGUAUUGCUUCGGUUACACCCGGGAGAGGCGAACGCUGACAAGCAACAACCCGGCGGUCUUGUUGUCCACAAUUCCACAUUCGAUUCUAUCAAAGUAGUGGGAGCACCAUCGUCUCUAGUACAGCUUUUUGAUAUCUCUGCCGCAACCUUGGAAAUUGAGGAAGGAGCUGGUAUACCUCUCAUGACACUAGGAAUUAAAGGCUUGGCCGGUACUACCAUUAGAAAGGCGAACUCGAGCCUGGAGAACCACGCAACCCGCGUCCAGAGACUUCAGGCCGAUGCCUCCACGAUACAUCGGAGAUUUCUAGAGCUUCUUGACCUUAAGCAAAAGCUGGCCAGCCUUGACGAAGCCCGCAUGACGACAAAGCAAGGUUAUGCUGUUAUUUUAUUCACUGUUGUCACCAUAACAUUCCUACCGCUCUCCUUCUUCACAUCAUACUUCGGCCAGAAUGUCAUUGAGAUAACCGGGGAUGAGAAGAAUCGUAAAUCCGUUGAUCUGUGGAAAAUAGCUGGUAUUGUCAACCCUUGCUACCCCCUCGCCUCCACUAUUCCAUUAUCGGACCUAACACUCCUUAAGGGCCUAUAUCUGCGGUGA